AUGCAAGGCCAGAAUGAUCCCGAAUAUGAGUCCAUUAUCAAGGCCAUUUCAGCAAUCACCUUCCUCGCCACACCACACCGUGGGACACAUCUUGCUGAAACAUUGAACCGCAUUUUACAAACAGCCAUGAUCACCAAUUCGAAGCAGUACAUAUCUGACCUUGCAAAGAAUUCUUUCACCUUACAAAAGCUUAAUGAGCAAUUCCGACAUGUUGCGCCUCGCCUAGACAUUGUUUCGUUCUAUGAAACUCAACCUACUUCGCUUACUCUGAAGAGCCCCCGAAUCAUGGUAUUGGAAAAGGACUCCUCCGUACUUGGAUAUCCCGGAGAGACCUCCAAAGCGUUAGACGCAGACCACCACGGGGUAUGCAAGUACGAGAGCCCCAGGGAUCCUAACUACAUCACUGUGAGGAACGUACUUAAAUCACUUCUCAGCAAAAUCAUAUCAACAAAUAAUUCGAGGAAACCGGGUCCGUCAAAUCGAAGAGAAUCGCAUGAUCUAAGAUCUUUCUUGGCAAUUACAGAGAUACCAGCUAUAGACUACAGCUUUUUCAGAGACCAAUGGGCACGAGGUACUUGUGAAUGGAUCCUUCAAGAUGUAAAUUUCGUCGAAUGGCUUCAGGUGUCUGAAUCAACGUCCUCCCUCUUAUGGUUGAGUGGCGGGGCUGCAACUGGGAAGUCGGUGCUGUCAUCAUUUAUUAUCAACCACCUGGCGGAGCGAGACGCCUGCUGUCAAUAUUACUUCAUAAGAUUUGGCGAUCAGAAGAAACGUACACUAAGUUCGCUGCUACGUUCAAUUGCUUAUCAAAUAGCCUUAACCAUCCCGGGCUUUUUACAGAGGCUCCUUGAGCUUACCGACGAAGCCGUUGAUUACGAAACCGCAGAUCCAAGAACGAUCUGGGAACGUAUCUUUAAAUCCAUACUAUUUAAUAUGGAAGAACGAAAGCCUCUGUACUGGGUUAUAGAUGGUCUGGAUGAGGCGCACGAUCCUCGUGCAAUCAUCAAACUCUUAUCAGACGUCGCUCAUUCUUCAAUUCCACUUCGCAUCGUACUCAUAGGUCGUAGAAGCUCGGAGAUCGAAUCUUCUUUUCAAAAGAUAAUCAGCGCGAUGAAAUUCUCUAGUUUCGCAAGUAUCCUCGCCGCGAGCGUCGUCGACACCCCUGUCACCGCCGCUCCAACAGCGACUUCAGCAGGGACCGCGGGAUGUGGCAAAUCUCAUUUACUCCCCGGCAUAACGAAAUACCAUAGCCUUACGAGCAGCGGGCGUGAGCGAAACUACUUCAUCCACGCGCCGGGGAACUACAGCGAGACGACGCCGUAUCCGGUCGUGGUCGGCUUCCACGGCUCAAGCAGUAUUGGGUUGUUCUUCGAGGUGGAUACCGGUUUGAGUUCCGACACGUUUAGCGCGAAUAAAAUUAUGGUCUAUCCUAAUGGCGUGGGCGGCGCCUGGGCUGGCGCAAACUACUCCGAGGCCUCGGUCGAAGAGGACUUGCAAUUUGUCUCGGAUCUGCUAGACGAUGUACGGGGAUCAUACUGCGUAGACGACAGCCGGAUCUACGCUACAGGCAUGUCCAUCGGCGGUGGUUUCGUCAACACCAUCGCAUGCAACGACGUAGGGAACCAGUUCGCCGCCUUCGCGCCGGCCUCGGGGUCAUACUACACAGACAACGACGCGGCGCACGAGGACUGCAAGCCGGCGCGGAGCCCGCUGCCUCUGCUCGAGGUCCACGGAGGCGCUGACGGUAGCGUGCACUACGACGGCGGAGAUGGUGAGGGCGGCGAGGAGCCGAGUAUUUCAAACUGGCUAGGAUGGUGGGCGCAGCGGAACGGGUGCGACGACAGCGCGAAGCAGGUCGAGGAUAGCUUUGAUGGCGACGUGCACCAUACCACCUGGAACUGCGGCAGUGAGGAGGGUGCGCUGCAGCAUUGGAAGAUCGAUGAUAUGGGACACUGCUGGGCGUCGACCGAGAUCAACUUCUCGCAAGUGGCAGCGGGACAGGGACCGACGCACAUACAGGCGUCGCAGAUAAUCAUGGAGUUCUUCGAUAAGUUUACUAAGCCAUGA